AUGGCCACCAUCACCUGCAAUCGCUUCACCGAGGAGUACCAGCUCUUUGAGGAACUGGGCAAGGGUGCUUUUUCCAUUGUCCGGAGAUGUGUCAAGGUGUUGGCAGGACAAGAGUAUGCGGCCAAGAUCAUUAACACCAAGAAGCUGUCUGCUCGAGACCACCAGAAGCUGGAACGAGAAGCCCGGAUCUGCCGCCUCCUGAAGCACCCCAACAUUGUGAGGCUCCAUGACAGCAUCUCUGAAGAGGGCCACCACUACCUGAUAUUUGACCUAGUCACCGGCGGUGAGCUCUUUGAGGACAUCGUGGCCAGGGAGUACUACAGCGAGGCAGAUGCCAGCCAUUGCAUCCAGCAGAUCCUGGAAGCUGUCCUGCACUGCCAUCAGAUGGGGGUGGUCCACAGGGAUCUGAAGCCCGAGAACCUGCUGCUGGCAUCCAAGCUGAAGGGUGCUGCUGUCAAGCUGGCUGACUUUGGCCUUGCCAUCGAGGUGGAGGGUGACCAGCAAGCAUGGUUUGGUUUCGCUGGCACCCCGGGAUACCUCUCCCCCGAGGUGCUGCGGAAGGACCCCUACGGCAAAGCUGUGGACCUGUGGGCUUGCGGCGUCAUCCUCUACAUCCUGCUGGUUGGGUACCCGCCCUUUUGGGAUGAAGACCAGCACCGACUCUACCAGCAGAUCAAGGCUGGGGCUUAUGAUUUCCCCUCCCCUGAGUGGGACACGGUCACUCCUGAAGCGAAAGAUCUCAUCAACAAGAUGUUGACCAUAAACCCAUCCAAGCGCAUCACGGCAGCAGAGGCUCUGAAGCACCCCUGGAUAUCGCACCGUGCCACCGUGGCAUCAUGCAUGCACAGGCAGGAGACGGUGGACUGUCUGAAGAAGUUCAAUGCCCGGAGGAAGCUGAAGGGAGCCAUCCUCACCACCAUGCUGGCCACCAGGAACUUCUCCGGAGGCAAAAGUGGUGGCAACAAGAAGAAUGACGGCGUGAAGAAAAGAAAGUCCAGUUCCAGCGUUCAGUUAAUGGAAUCGUCGGAGAGCACCAACACCACCAUCGAGGACGAAGACACCAAAGUACGGAAGCAAGAAAUCAUUAAAGUCACAGAGCAGCUGAUCGAAGCAAUAAGCAAUGGCGACUUUGAGUCCUACACGAAGAUGUGUGACCCUGGGAUGACUGCCUUUGAGCCUGAGGCUCUGGGCAACCUUGUGGAAGGCCUGGAUUUCCACCGAUUCUACUUUGAAAACCUGUGGUCCCGCAACAGCAAGCCUGUGCACACGACAAUCCUGAACCCCCACAUCCACCUGAUGGGAGACGAGUCUGCCUGCAUCUCCUACAUCCGCAUCACGCAGUACGUGGACGCGGGAGGGAUCCCCCGCACCGCCCAGUCCGAGGAGACCCGCAUCUGGCACCGCCGGGAUGGCAAAUGGCAGAUCGUCCACUUCCACAGAUCCGGGGCACCCUCUGUGCUACCGCAGUAA